AAUGGCGAUAGUAUACGAAUACACACGUACGAUCACCCCUAUGCAAGAAGAGCCAUGGCCAUGACCAGCUCGGUUUAGUGCGUCUUCUACUCACAACUCGUCAGUGGUCGCCGAGUAGGCCAUAGGAGAGGGUUCUUAUUCGUAUUAUAAUUUUAUUUUGCUGCGGGUGUGCACUUGAUGCCGUUAUUAUUAUCAUUUGGCUACUUAAAUCUUAAAAGGAAAUAACGUAACAAUUACGAAAAUAAAUUUCAAUGAAGAUAAUCAAAUAUUGGAUAAUAAAAAUUCUGAAAGCAAUAAAAACGUUGGAUAGCAAUAGAAAAUAGAUUAAAACGGAAAUAUAGAAAACGAAAAUAAAAGUUUUUGUGAAUUGUGCUUUUAUAAAUGAGAUUUUUUAAGAUUUAUUUAUAAAAAAAGGAUUAUCAAUUUAAUGAAAAUUAAAGAAAUGUGAAAAGAUUCAUUUUAAUCAGCAAUUUCGCGCAUAUAUGCGCCCUCAUACGUCAUGCGCAGUUACUAAGGGUUGGAUUCUCGCGGCAACAUUUUUGUAGGCUGGUUCGACAGAAUUGAGUGACGAAUACGAGUGCACACACAUGUUAACUUAAUCACACAUCUCCUAGCAUACUCGGCGGCCAUUUGAACAGCUUCGUCAUACGGUGCCAGCUUUUUCAAAAGGAAGGACCGGGUUGACGAGUUCUGUUUUACUAAUUAAUCGAAAUGGCGAGCACUUCACAACAAUAUUGUUUGCGCUGGAACAAUCAUCGCUCUAAUUUAUUAACGAUGUUUGAUAAGUUAUUACAAAACGAGGCAUUCACUGACGUGACUUUGGCAGUUGAUGAAGGUGCAUCCGUUAAAUGCCACAAAAUGGUUUUAGCGGCAUGUUCCUCUUAUUUUCAAACUCUAUUUAUUGAUUUACCAUGCAAGCAUCCAAUUGUAGUAUUAAAAGACGUGAAAUACUCUGACAUUAAAGCUAUUUUAGAAUAUAUGUAUCGAGGUGAAGUAAAUGUGGCUCAAGAACAAUUAGCUGGUUUAUUAAAAGUCGCAGAAGUAUUAAAAGUGAAAGGAUUGGUUGAAGAAAAUAAUUCUCAAAGUCAUCAAGAAGAAGUGGAAACAUCUAUGUCUCCUCCGCCAGCCAUAAGUACUAGUACAACCAGUAGUGCAGCUCAUAGUAGUGGACAUACAUCUCCACCGCAUUCUACAGGAACCACGUAUAAUAUUUACGGCAAAUCACCAAUUGAUCGAAAUAGCCGUUUAGCGCUACCAAUGUGGCCUUUAUCAAGAUUUCCUAUUACUCAUUCCAGUUCCAGCCACCAGACGGCAUCACAUCAACACUCCCCCAUCUUAACCGGAUCUUAUGACAAUGGUUUUGAAACUUCCCCAUUGAAACGCAAGAAACUCUUGAAUAUGUUAAUGAAUAGAGACACACCGAUUCUUAGAACGGUUCUCGGUCAAGGUCAUGCAGAUAGUUCUCAAGGGAUUCCUCUCUUACAUCCAGAUAGUCAAGAAACUCAAUUUAGAAUUAAUAGUAAUGGUUCAUCAAAUGAAAAUGAUAGACGCAGUAAUACAGAUAUAGUUCAUGGAGAAUCUGCACAUAGUCCUUAUACCGAUGUUUCUAUAAUGGAUGAAGACGAUAAGCAAUCAUCGCCACAAUCAUAUGCUCCGGAUGUUAAACCAGAAAUGAUUAACUAUGUACCAGUUCAAAAGCCAGAGUGGAAACGGUAUAAACAAUAUACAAGAAAUGAUAUCAUGUCUGCGAUCGAGGCAGUACGCUCAGGAAUGAGUGCUUUGCAAGCAGCACGUAAGUAUGGAGUACCCUCUCGAACUCUCUAUGAUAAAGUGAAAAAAUUAGGGAUUACGACGUCACGGCCAUUUAAGCGUGGCUCAAAUGGUAGUGGCGCUUGUUUCCCUUAUGGAAUCGGUGGUAAUUCAAAUGGCAAUAUCUACAGCGGCGCACUUUCAGAAAACGAAAAUGAAAAUAGUAGCGUGAUAGAGGAUGCUGGGCCUAUUCUUGAUACAUGUAAAUCAAGAGAUAGUCCUGUGGAUCUAAAGAUCCUAGAUACUACUCGUUGUACAUCUAGCCCCUCAGUACAUUCCGUGAAAGAACAAAGUAACGAAUAUCAGGUUGAAGAUCUUUCUGUAAAUCGUAAGACAGAUAUUCGUGUGAUAGUCCCGCCAACGUCAGUAAUUAAAAGCGAAGAAAAUAUGGUUUCUAAUUUUUGCAGUCACGAUUAACUUAGAUAUAUUCUUUUAUUUUUCAUUAUUACUAGUGUGUUCAUUGACAACAACUAAACGUACUAUUUAUCGAUUAAUUAAAUCACAAACAAAUUUUUUAUAAAGUUUUUAAUAAUUUAAGAAUACCAAUUUAGAAAAAAUUACAUAUAGAUAUUUAUAGUGUUCGGUGAAUCAAAAAUAGAAUUUUUAUUAUUUGAAUUAUAUAGAAGUCAACUCAAUCAAGAUCAAUCAUUUGAUUUCUAAAAUUUGACUUCUAAAUGGUUCAUUUAAUGAUAUUUUUUGUUUUAUAGAACACGAUGCUUUCUAAUAUAAUCAAAAGCCAGUGUCGCAAUAGAUUAAUGAAGCGAUAUAAUGGAAGAAAAAUGCAGUUAAAUGAAAGCUAAUUAAAUCAAUGUUUAAUAAAUGACUCAGGGAUAGUUGAUUCUUGCAACAAUAAACCAUAGAAUAUAUAUAUAUAUAUAUAUGUAUAUAUAUGUAUAUAUAUUCAUAAAAAUUGCGGUAAAAAUCAUAUGAUUUGAUAUGAGGUUUUUAAAUCCUCUUCUCGAACUACCUUACACAAGACUGAUUUAUAUGUUAUGGAUUCAAGAGACUGAAGUAAUUGAUUGUUCCAAAAUUGUUAAAGUUUAAUGCUAAAGAUCAUAAAAUAUAUUACUUUCCCGAUUUAUAAUAAUAUUCUAUAUAUUAUAAACUUAUAAGUGUAUAAUAUUUAUUGUUUGAGAGUUGUUAAAGAAAAGAAAAUCACAUUUAAUGAAAUUAUUCAUAUUUAAAUAUUUAAUGAAAUUGAUCAUACAUAUUUUUUCAUAUUUAUAAUUAAUUAAUUAAUUAAUAUAUGAUCUUUUGCAAAAAUAUGCGAAAUAUUUUCGAAAUCGCAUUAAACUUUAAAUAUUUUUGGAUCAAUAUAUAAAUAUGCAUUUUUUUUAAAUUAAUUUUAAUCAUUGUGAUUCAAUAUUUUCAUUUUUUUCAUUUUGCAAUCUACCUAGUAAUUAUUUUAGAAUCUUUGAUUUUUUUAGAUUAUAAUAUCGCGUAAGAAAAACGAAAAAAAAGAGUGUACAUUAUUUUAAACAUUUUGUUUUUAGUUCUUUUUUUUUAAAUUUCUUAUUUUUAGCAUUAAAUGCUAAAUACUAUCAAUAAAAUAUUAUUAUAUACGAAAUAUAUAUAAUCUAUGAAAGAACAAAAAAAAAAGGAAAAAAGAGGUUAGAGAGUUAUACAAUUCAAAUAAUUUCAUGUUAUUGACUGAAAAUAUCACUGUUAACUUGUUACUAAUUAUAAGAUUACAUUAUCGUUACUGAUCAAUGGCCCUGGGAUACAGCUGCAAUAUUGCUCAAUAUUAAUGCAUAAUAAUUACACAUAAUAGAACGAACUACCUCAUCGUACAACGAACAAUAUUGUUCAUUAUUAACGUUAAGACUGAUAGAGCCGAAUCUGCGUUACCAAUUUGAUAAAAUCGUGUGUUUUAUUUUACAAUGUGUGUUUUAUGUAUGUAUACACAACAAAAGAAUAUAUAUAUAUAUAUAUAUAUAUAUAUAUAUAUAUAUAUAUAUAAAUCUAUUUAAAUUAUAUAUUAUAUAUAUGUAUUUUAUAUAUAUAUAUAUAUAUAUAUAUAUAUAUAUAUAUAUAUAUAUAUACAUAUAUAAAUUUAUAUAAAUUAUAAAAAUUAUAUUAUGAACAGAUAUAAAUUUUAAUAGUAGUUUUAAGCAUAAAAGUUACAAUUUCCUUAAAUAAUAUGGUCGAUCAAUGGUUGGAUAUAACAAUUUAUAAAAUAAUCUGAUUAUAGACAAUUUACUAUAAAAAAUAGAAUUAAUUAUAAUUUUUGAUUUUCUCUAUAAAUUGAUAUAUUGAAUUUUAAUCAUUUGCUCUUAAGAAACAACAAAUAUUUUUUUUAAAUUUUACUGAAUUAUAAAACUGAUUAUUUAUCUAUCCAUUUAUACUGUUUACUUUUGCUACUAUAAAGUGAUAUAUUUACAAAUCAUUUAUUUGAAAUCAAUGUUUUAUUAAUUUGAAAUAAUUUUCAAAUUAAUUUUCAAAUUAAUUAAAUUUUCAAAGAAAUUUUUUUUUUAAUAUAUCAAUUUUUAUUAAAACAUAUAUGAUAUAUGAUAUAUUAAUUAUAUUGAAUGAAUGAUACAUAAUGUUUAUUUUUGGUUUUAAGUUAUUAAAUACAGUUAAACAGUUAUGUUUAUUAAAUAAUUUAAUUAAUUUAAAUCAUUAUAAAUGAAAUUUGAUCUUUAAAUGCUAAUACAAAUUUAAAUAUAUUCACAUAAAAUAUCUUUAUUGAAUUAUUAAUUUGAACAUUUAUAUAUAUAAUUUGUUUCAAGCAUUUGAUGUUUCUUGUAAUUGCAUUUAAAAUAAGUUAUUAAAUGUGUUCAAUAUGUGCUAAAUAUUUAUCAUAUAACAGAAAAAAAGAUUCUUAUAACAUAUAAAAGGACAAUAUAAAGGUUUCAUAAUUAAUAGUUACAAACUGAAAAUUCAUAUACUUUCUUUUAAAAAUUGAUACCAGUCACCAUAAGAUCUCAUUUUAAGAAGUACAAACAGAAUAAAAAUAAAAAGAAUAAAAAAUUCUAUUCAGUUUUUAUACAGUGAAAUUUGUUCAUAAUAAAAAUAUAAGAGACUUCUACUAUUGUUCUUUUAUUUUUUUCCAUGUUGAAACUUGUGAAAACUGUUCGUUGUUUUUAAUUGUAUUGCUAUCUGGACAGAUUUCACUGUGCCAUUAUUUGAUAUAAAAAUACUCACCAAUAAGUACAAAGUAAAACUGUCUUGAAAUUGUAUUAUUUAAAUGAAUUUCACCUGAAUAUCUUUUUUUAUUCUGUAUAAUUUUCUUUUAUAAGAAUUGAAGAAUAUAAAUGAAACUCAAAUAAUUAUUUCCAUGAGAUAAGAUUCAGAUGAAACAGAAACUUCGUGGUAGUUUUAUAAUAGAAUUAUAAUAUUGUACCUGUAAUCCAGCGAUUUUUAACCUUUUUUUCUUUUUUAUUUCAUUGUACAUAAACAACUAAAAUUCUAUAAAAUUCAAAAAAUUUAAUAUAUUUUUAUUACUGAUAACAAAAACUAUACAUUUUUAUUAAAUAGUAUUUUUUUCUUAUUAUUGCAAUAAAAUGAAAAUAAAAUAGCUAUUUUUUUCAUUAAGAAAAUUUUGUUUUUUUGUAAUUUACUUUUAAAAAAUUUUUUUAAAAUUUCAUUUACUUAUAAUAAUUUAUAAUAAAAAUAUAAUAUAAUAAUGAAGUUUAUUUAAAACAAUAAUUAUUUAUUUAUUUUUUUUUUUUUUGACUUAUGUAUAUGAGGUAUUUUAAAAAAUGAUUAGAUGGUUGAAAAUCGCUGUUGCAAGUUAAUCGCAAUGCGAUUAUGAAAUAAAAUAAUACUAUAAUGUUUUACAUUCUGAUUGAAAUUUCACAAACUGAUUAUAUCGUAAUUCUUAUUAUUUUUGAAAAAAAUUAAAUUUUUUACUAUUUCAUAUAAAUAAAUGAGUGUUAUUAUCUUAUCACUCUCUAUUGAUUUCACGUUCAAAUAGGAUUUUUGAUAUAAAUAUUUUUUUUAUAAAUAAAUAAAAUUUGAUUUUAAUGAUCAGAAUGUAAAGCAUAUAUAUAAAAAUGAUUGAUUAUAAUAAACAUGAGUGAUUAAAUUUGUGAAAAAAGCUAUUUUCUUAUAGAUUUAAUGAUUUUUUUUUUAAUGAUUUUGUUAUGAAACAUAAAUGAUAAAAAAAUAAUUAAACAACCUUUAAUGAUUUUAAAAAAAAUAAAAAAAAAUUAAUUUGCAGUAGCAUAGUACAUUAUUACUAAUAUUAUUAAAAGUGAAUAAUUUGGAUUGACAAUGAAUUAGAUUUUAAUCAUGUAAAUAUUAAUUUUUAUCUAUUUUUUUAAAAUCAAUUUUAAAAUCAAUAGAAUCCAUCCUUUUUUUUUCAUUACAUAUAUUUCAUGGAAAGUAAUUGAAAAAAAUUUCAUUCAAAUCCGUGAGAAAAUAACUUUUUGAUAAAUUCAAAUAUUAAUGCCAUAUUAUGUUAUUAAUAUCAUAAUCAUAUUAUUAAAAAGAAAAAAAAUUAAAAAAUAGAUAUAAAUAUAAUAAAAGAUGUAUAAUGUGCCUAAACAAACAAAUAGUUCAAUCUUAUUACAAUUAAAGAAAUAUAAAGUUUAAAAAUGAAUAUUUAGAUUGAAAAAUAUUUAAAGGAUUAUAGAAAUAUAAAUAUAAAAAUAAUUAUAAAAUAUAUUUGAAAUAAAAAGAGAAAAAUAAAAAUAAAAAGAGAAAAUAUAAUAUUAAAAUAGAAGGUGCUCAAAAACAUAUCAAAUAAAAUCUAUAUAAAAAAUCAAUAAAUUAAUAAAAAAUAUUGAACUUUGUAAUAGAGAAGAAAAUAGAAAACAAAGAUAUUAACAAAUCAUUAUAAAAUUGCAAAAAUUUUAAAUGGACCAAACUUAAUAAAAUGAUUUAGCGUUGAAAAUUAUGUUUUUAUAUGUAAAUAAUAUAAAUCUUAAUUAUAAUGUAACGCAAUUAUUGAUGCCUUAUGAAAAUUAAAAAUUUUAAUUAUAUUAAUCAGAUUAAGAUUGUAUAUAAUUAUGAUUUUAAAAAAAUUAUAAGGAGAGGAAGGAAAAGUUGCCUUUUGCUUAUCGUAUAUAAAUUUAAUAUCGUAUUAUUUUUUAAGACUGAUUUUUUUUUUGACAUUGGAACUUAUCACGAGAACAAGUAUACACAUACAUAUACAUAUGUAUAUGUAUAUACACACACAUACAUAAAAAAUUUGCACUUUUAAUUAAUUAUAAGUUUCUAUGUUUUACAUUUUCCGCCACAUAAUACGAGAUUUCUAUUAUGUAAAUCUAUGUUACUAAAAUUGUAUACAAGUUUGUUAUGAAAUAUAUUACCAUAAAAAAUUC